GGUCCUGUAUUGAAUGCGCUCGGUUUGAGACACUGUUUGUGACACUCAUUUAGAAGUCUCCCAACUAGUUAACCGACUGGCUAGCUGGCUAGCUGGGCGAACUGAUUAACGCUAGCUUAGCUGGCUACAUUGCUUUUUCUUUUUAAGAUUUGCGUGGAAAUUAUCCAUUUGCUUUUCUUCACGUGUGCAUUUCACGGCAGCUUCCUAUGCACGAGAAUACUCGGAAAACGCUAGCGCUAAUGUCAAAAUCAUGAUUAAGAAUAAUUGGGUUUAAAUAUUUCACCAUUGUCAGCUAUAUGUCGUUGCCAGCUUUGAUAGUCACUUCCGUUUAAUCAUGCAACAUAGAGAUUGCUAUACUUUAUUCCCUUAGUCUUUAUGUUUUAAAUUAAAGACCCAAUCUCGACGGUCGACGUGUUUUUUUUUUUAAUUGUUUUUCUUCUUCGUGUAUUCUGAGCUCUUGAGGUUACUUUGAAUGUGUACUCGUCAACUUGUAGAUGAUGUAAAUCAAUCAGGGACUGUGUGCACCCCAAUUUUGGGAGCUGGUGAUUUGAGUAUCAUCAUGGCAGAUGGCUGUAAUGAUGACGAUGUCAUUCACCUAGCAAGUUUCAACAUCCACCGGAGCCAAGGCUCCAGGAGCCGUCAGAGGGAGCUCAUCACUAUUUCUGAUGAUUCGGAUGAGGAGGCUGUCACUCUGUUACCCAGCAGUCCUGUUUUAUUAGUUCCUUGUGAUGAUUCUGAAGAUGAUGUCAGCAUACUCGAGCAACUAACUCCAUCGCGGAGGCAUUUAAUACGGCCAGCAGCAAAGUGGAGUGGGGCCUCGGAGAACCUUAACGAAGUUGCCGCAAAUUCUGGGGGACUGAGAAACCCAUCUGCCCCUUCUACCUCCAGAGAUGCUAUUGCCCACUCGUCUGCAGUCAGCACAUCCACAGUCAGACAACCAAAACUUAAAAUAAACUCAGAGCGGGCAAAAGCCGGUACGUCACGAGAAAUAAAAUUGGAGGCCCGAACUGAUUGUUCGACUCAAACCCGAUCUACCUCCUCACAUGCUCAAGCUGUCACAGUAGGAGCGUCUGAAGGUGCAGCGCAUCUUCAGCCUAGCACAUCUGUGCUGGGUUCCUCCAGAGGACAUUUAGUGGCCAGACCCCAGGCGAUUACAUCUCACGGUGUUGUUUCAAAGACACUUCCUGCCUCCCCAACGACUCGACAAAAGGCAUGUGACAGGACCAGCAUUAAAGACAAUCCUCAGGCAAGUACUUCAUCUGCAGAGCCGCAGCCGAAAGCGAGCACAUCUGCACAGCUUCAGCCAUGCGUCUCGGCGACAGUAGUAGCCCAUCCUUGCCAGGUGAAUAAUUUGAAGCCCCUAAUCCUUCCACCACAACCAAGCAUCCAAGCCUUCACUAUGAUCACACAGCCUCAUAAACAGAACACACCCAAGACAACACCCCAGCCUGUCUUAAAUCCCAUGCAUGGCAAUCUUAUUCAGAUUGAACCCUUGACCCAGGUCCUGGCUCCAGCUCCAGCCCAAGCACCCCAUGCCAUUCAGGUGGCACCCAUGACACACGCUGAAGUGCUAAUAGCUGCAGCCCCUCAGAGGUUAGGACCUCCAGAGGCAGGCCACCAGAUCAUGUUAGGAAGUCAGUCAGCCGGGAAGACUGGUUCUAACCCCCAGCCACAGGGUGGCGCACCCACUGCAUUUCCACAAACCCAGAUCAAUACCAAUGUAAAUCCCCCAGCUCGUCCAUCUGCAGCAGCUUCGGUUCCCCACAACAGAAUAGAGAUUCAUCACAUUUUGGAUUUAGACCCAAACCAAGGAAGGGUCAACCCAGUCCCCGGUCUCCUCGCAUUCCGUCCUAUUCCUGAGGACAUUCCCAGAAUAGAAGACGCGAGGCCCGGCCCCUCUCAGCCACAAGAGAACCCGGAUCUCCAACACCACGUCAGAAUCCUCAUCACUAAUGUCUUGGAUCUCUUCCCAAAUGUCCAAGAAGAUUAUGUAGCAGAACUGAUCCAAACAAACAAUGUCAAAGACUUGAAUGUUAUCUGUAACCUGCUGUUGGAGAACCCAGAAUAUCCAAAGACAAGCAGUGCUGCAGACACAGUAGCGCCCACCAGUAUUUUACUAGAGUCCGGAGACAAUAACACCGAGGUAACUGAGGAUUUGUUUGAUUACGACAAGCUGGACCCUGUAGGUCCGGAGACGGUGAUGCAGGCUGCAGACUUGCUCAUGGCAGAUUUCCGGAUGAUCAGCUGUCAGGACAUUAAAUGGGCCCUGAAUGCCCUGAAAGGACACUAUGCAAUCACACGCAAGGCCUUAUUUGAAGCUCUGAAGAAGUUUCAAGAAUCAAGUGACCCCUCAGGAAAGCGACGACGGAACAGAAUGUCCACUGGGCGCUGCUGCAUCGAUUUCCAUUUUGAGCAUGGCCAGGUGAAGUUUGAGAAGAAGAUGUACUUUUUGGAGAAGGGCCGACGUUAUUGCAGAACGUAUAGCAAUUUGGAACCUUCUCUCCAAAAGGAGCUUACCUUCUUUCAACAGAAAGCCAAGGAAUGGGCAGAGCAUGAGGACUUCCUCCUGGCACUGCAAGUCAAUGAAGAUGAAUAUAAGAAAGAUGGCCAGCUGAUUGAGUGUGGCUGUUGCUACGGAGAGUUUGCCUUCGAGAAAAUGACGCAGUGUUCAGACGGUCACCUGUUCUGUAAAGAGUGCCUCGUCAAAUAUGCUCAAGAGGCAGUGUUUGGCUCCGGAAAGUCAGAGCUGAGCUGCAUGGAAGCCGGCUGCCUUUGUUCUUACCCAGUCUGUGAACUGGAGAAGGUCCUACCAGAAAACAUCCUUUGCAAAUAUUACGAGAGGCAGGCGGAGGAGGCCAUUGCUGCCACUUGCGCGGAUGAACUAGUUCGGUGUCCCUUCUGCAACUUUCCAGCCUUGCUGGACAAAGAUAUGUGUCUUUUUAGCUGCCCCAACCCUCGCUGCCGCAAGGAAAGCUGUCGAAAAUGCCACGUGCAGUGGAAGAAGCAUGUGGGGAAGACGUGCGAGCAAGUCCUGGAAAAGGAUGAGAUCCGCAUGAGGGUGCUCAUUGAGGAGCGCAUGACGGCUGCCCGGGUGAGGAAGUGCGUCAAGUGCGGGAUGGGCCUGGUCAAGUCGGAGGGCUGCAACCGCAUGUCGUGUCGCUGCGGCAGCUGCAUGUGCUACCUCUGCCGAGAGGCUAUCACCGGGUACAACCACUUCUGCCAGCACGCUCGCUCGCCGGGGGCUCCCUGCCGACACUGCCGCAAGUGUUCCCUCUGGACUGAUCCCACGCUGGAUGAUGAGCGAAACAUUCAGGAGAUCCAGAAGGAGGGCGAAGUGCAGCUGAAUAAGAAGUUUGCAGAUAAUUUGGAAAAGCGAGUCGGCCCGCCCCCAGAGGACAUCCACAAGAGCAAGUACCCACGUGUGGGUCCGCCCCCAGAAAACCCCCCUCCCCCGGUCCCCCGCCAUCCCCAAGCAGUGCAAGCCCCACUCUUUGUGCCCCCUCGCGCCCAUUACCCUCCUGCCCUACCCCAACGGCGACUCUUCAUGAUGCCGUUGCCCCAGGCGCCCUACGUGCCCCCACUGCCAAACCUGCUCCCACUGAACAACAACAACCAUCAUCACCACCACCACCACAACAAUAACAAUCGGCACGGCGACCGUCACCCUCUAAACAUGGACAUGUUUGACAUGCCCAUGCACUAUGGGCCCGCCCACCGCUUCUUCGGACCCUUAUAACACACAUUCGCGUGAGGUUGUUUUGUCCGUUCAGUUCCAACCAACGCAUUCACUCGAGACCCGCUGUCGUUACUGUUCAUCUUUUUCUCCGUGUUCCUCCUUUUUUCCAACCCUCAUCCGUUCAUCUGGUCUGUUUAAAAAAAAAAAAAAAAACAACAACAACAAAAUGUUGUAAAAGCAUUGUUAAAUUUCCACUUUAUAUGUAAUAUUUCUGACAAAAAAAGUUGAACAUUCCUGUUAGUAUGGCUUUGGAAAAGUGUGUGAAGACUCAAAUUUUCUAAUAAAGCUUUUUAAUCACAUUUC